AUGACGCUAAGGCUAGAUACAUCGCUAAAAAGGGGAGCUAGUAGGAAUAUACCACCAAUACCUACAUUUAGUUCAGUAUCGAAUGAAAAUUUAUCCUCAUCACCAUAUACUAGUAGUUCAUACUACUCCUCAAAUUGUGAAAGUUUAGAUAGUAUUGGUGAUAUAUCAAUAGAUUCUUCAGUUUAUAGUUCUAGUGAAAUUGAAUUUGUUGGAAAUGGUGAUAAAAAAAAAAACUUUAUUAAUAACAAUAAUAAUAAUAAUGGUAAUAAAUAUGAUUUUUCCAAUUUAUUAGAAACUCCAAAAUUAAAAUUUUCACCAUCAACUGGAAGAACCAAAAAUAAUAAUAAUAAUAAUAAUAAUAAUAUUAAUAAUAAUAAUUAUAAAAAGAAUGAUAACCAAAAGAAAAAUUUUAAAUAUAUAGAAGAUAAUGAAAGUGAUUACCUUGAUGAUGAAAAUGAUGAGGAAAAUGUUGAUAUUGAUCUAUCGAUUUUAAAUGUAAAUUUUAAAAUUAUAAAUGAAAACAAUAGCCAAAAUAAUAAUAAUAAUAAAUAUCAAAUUAAUAAUAAUAUGCAAAAAACGGGUGGUAGGAAUGGUAGUGUUUUCUUUGUCAAUAAUAACAACAAUAGUAAUAAUAAUAAUAAUAAUAAUAAUAAUAAUAAUAAUAAUAAUAAUAAUAAUAAUAAUAAUAAUAAUAAUAAUAAUAAUAAUAAUGACAAUAGUAAUAAUAAAAAUAAUUUUAAAAAUAACAAUACUAGUUACACUCACAAUAGUAAUAAAAAUAAUAAUGAAAAUAAGAAUACAUUCGCAAUUAAACAACAACUUGUAUCAACACCUAAAAAUAAAUUAAGUCAAACCUAUAGAGAAAAAGUAAUAUUAGAACAUUUAAAUAUUUUAAUUGAAUCCAAUAAAGCAUGUAAUUUUCCGAAAUUAAUUAAUUGGUAUAAAGCAGCACCUACUUCAAAUCUUAGUAAUGUAAAUAAUAAUAAUAGUAAUAAUAAUAAUAAUAAUAGUAAUAAUAAUAUCACCAAUUCUAGAUAUGGUAGUAAUUAUGAAGAUAUUUAUGAUGAUAAUUAUUAUGAUGAAGUUGAUGAUUAUGAUAGUGGUAAAGAAGAGGAAGAAUCAACAAAAACAAUUACAAAAACAAUUACAACGACAACAGCAUCAAUAAAACCAAAUAUUCAAUAUAUGCAUUUAAUAUUAGAGUAUGCAAAUAUGGGUACUCUUAAAGAGUAUGGAAAAGAUAAUAAUUUUGAAUUCACAAUUUCACAAAUGAAAUCAUUACUAUUUCAAGUUAUUUAUUCUUUAGCAAUCUCUCAAAAAGAGUUUGAAUUUGUUCAUAAUGAUUUACAUUUUGGUAAUGUCCUAUUAACCUCAUUCCCCGUCGAUAAGAAAUAUAUAGUUUAUCAAGAUAAAUUGGAUAAUGGUGAAUUUAACAAUUGGAUAGUUGGUGGUGAUUUCAUUGUGAAAAUAUCGGAUUUUGGUCUAAGUAGAAUAAAACUUCCUUCAAAUGAAAUCAUUUACAAUCAAAGGAAUGAUAGAUCUAAAGAGUUUUGUUUCUAUUCUGAUUUAUACAGUUUCAGUAGUCUAUUAAAUAAAAUUAAAAUUAAAGAAUCACCAUCAUCAUCAUCAACUACUUCUACAUCCACUUCUCAAGUUCUAAUCAAAUCUGAUAGUGAUUCAUCAUCAUCAGCAUCAUCAUCAUCAUCAUCAUCAUCAUCAUCAUCAUCAUCAUCAUCAUCAUCAUUGCCAAAAUCUAAAAAUAAAUCAAAUAGGUCUAAAGACAAUCAAUCAAAAUUAGAUCCUGAAAAAAGGUUACUCACAAAGUUAAAGAAAUCAAUGAAAGAUUUACCACCCUAUAAAUUAUUGGAUCAUCCUUUCUUUGAUUCAUUAAAAGUUUGUCCAAAUGAUUGUUUACCUUUAAAUUCAAUUAGAAUUUCAACCAAUGGUAUAGUUCCUAAAGAAUUCCCAAAACCUCUAUCACCUAUUUUUGAAAAGAAUAAUAUAAUAAGUAUACCAUCAUCACCAAUAUCAACUACCACUACUACUUUCCCCACCACACCCACAAUAAAGUCAACAACGAAAAAAAUAUCGAAAACAAUAGUGAUACCAUCUUCACCAAGUUUAGCUUUACCACCAAAUUUAAGUGUUAAAUCUCCAUUUGCACCACCAAGUAAAAAACAAUUACAACAAUAUCAGCAACAACAAAAACAACAAACAAUAUCAAUGUUUAAAUAUGAUGAUGAAGAAGAAAAGGAAGAAGAGGAAAAAGAAAAAGAAAAAGAAAAAGAAAAAGAAAAAGAAAAAGAAGAAGAAGGAGAAGAAGGAAAUAUACCAAAAGAAAAAUUAAUAUUAAAAAUGACACCAAAGCCAUAUAUAUUUAUUCAUCAUUUCUCACCAAAUUCACUUGGGCCUCUAUCGCCACCUUCAUCAACAUCUUCCACACUGCUUGGAGCAUUAUCACAAGAAAAGUUUGAAAAAAAACAAAGACAAAUCCAAGAUUCUGAAAAGGUCAACAAAAAUGAGGAAGAAAAUCAAACAAAAGAUGAUGCUGAUAACAUUUCACCUCCUUUGCCUCAUGCAAUAAAGAAAAGUAUUUACAAUAAUAAAAACAAUCACCAAAAAAUUUCAACUAAUACAAUCAUUAAAACUCCAAUUAAAGCUCCAAUUAAAACAAUAACUCAAAUACCAACCGAGACACCAAAUAAAAUACCAAAUAAAACAAUCUCUCAAUCAAAUCCGGUGAUCAUAAGAGAUGAAACACCUCAAAAAGGUAUUCCUUUUGAAAAAAAGGUAGUUUCAACUCCAUUGAUAUACAAAGAACGACCACAUUUCGUAUUUUUAAAAAAAGCAAAACUUUCAUCAAAUAGCAACAACAAAGAAAAUAUAAUCAACUUUCACAACAACAACAACAACAACAACAACAACAACAACAACAACAACAACAACAACAACAACAACAACAACAACAACAACAACAACAAAGAUUCAUACAAUGAAAAAGGAAAUGCAACUUCUUAUUGCAAUGGCGAUGAUGAUGACGAUGACUUUAAAAUUGAUCACAAAGAGAACGUAGUUAGUGGUUUUUUAAUAGAAAAAGAUCAUGAGUUUAUUGGUGAUAAAGAAAAUAGUAAAGAGAAGCAAAAGGUCUCUAAACGAGUUCAAGAUAAAGCCUGGCAAGAACUCAAUGCAUUUCUUCGUAAAAAUCCAACUCAAGGUGUUAGUAGAAUAAAAUCAACCGAUUAUCCAGCUUUAAGCGACCUUUUUCCCAAAAAAAAAAGAUGUUCAGAAAAUAAUUUUGUAUUUGAAAAAGAAAAAAAACAAGAAAAAGAAAACAAAGAAAAAGAAAACAAAGAAAAAGAAAAGAAACAAUUAGAAAAACAAAAACAGUUGGAAAGAGAAAAAUUGGAAAAAGAUAGAUUAGAAAAAGAUAGAUUAGAAAAAGAACAACAAGAAAAAGAUUGUUUGGAAAGAGAGAAAUUUUUGGAAAAUGAGAGAUUAGAAAAAGAACAAGAAAGAGAGAAAUUGGAAAAAGAAAUUAAAAUACUCGUUGUUUCAAAAAAAAAUCGUACAAACCCUUUACAAAAAGAUUAUGAUCGCUAUAUAAAAAAAGUUGGUUCGUCUCUCACUGAAAAAAGAGCAUCAAAACCUAUGAACGACAACAUUUAA